GGGGCGGAGCGGGGCGGUGCGCAGGAAGAUGGCGGCCGUGUGGUGGUGGUGGUGGUGGUGGUGAGCGCGGUUGGGUCGGGCCGUCCUUCCCACGGCCCCCUGAGGGCCGCCGUGAUCCCCCAGCGCCGGGACGAGGCCCAGCGGUGCCCCGAGCACCCGUAGCAUUGAGUUCGGGGGGAUCUUUGGCUCUGGCCCUUUUGUUGCUGCCCCUGAGUGAGCUUUGUGGUGGGACGUGUGGGGUUCCUCACGGAAACGCCGAUUAACGAAGGACGUGUGCACAGCAGGAGGUCCAGUCAGCACACAUCGGUGUGGUAGCGACUCGUUGAAGCUGAUUUAAAAGGUUUUCCCUUUCAGUUGAGUCUCUGUUGCUCUGAAAUGGAGUGGAGUGGAGUGCUGCUGGGGCUGCGGCCCACGAACUCACCUCUUCCUGGCUCUGAAAUCCGUGAUUUUCUCAGAGAAUUGGGGCCCACUUAGACCUGAACCAGGGUUGCACUGGGUGCCCUUGCAGCCCUCCUUCUGCGUGUUACCUUCGAGCUUUUUCCCUUCUCUGCCUUUAUGAUGGGUUAUUGCUCAGCACUGAGCUGCCCGAGUGCCACCUGCAGGGUCUGCAAGGACAGCACCGCCACUUUCUGUGGUUUCCCUCUCCAAAACAAAGCCCUCCUGAAGCAGUGGAUCCACACUGUGGGCCGGGAGGUGGGGAUGCCUUCCGAGCACCAGCAGUUGUGUUUGAAGCACUUUGAGGACGGUUCUUCUGAAAUCAACCCCUUAAGAAUCAGGAAGAACGGAUGGCUGCUGAAAGAGGCCGUUCCCAAGAAGUUCAUCCUGGGGGAAGAUGGGAACUGCCUCGUCAGGACCCCUCACAGACUCUGUGGUAGAAAAAGUAAUUAAACUCAGAGGUGAAUCCGCAGCUCCUGAAGGUAAUCAGGAUAUUUGGGCCGUGUUUAUUUCUGUUAAUAGGAGGGAUUUCAUGCAAUGCCAGUCAAGGAGGCAGCCACGCUGGGAGCAACGUUGGUUGGUGACGGAGGGGACUGAAUGCAUCUGGGAGCUCUUUGUGCUCAGAUUCCAACAGCAAGCACUGUGUGCAGUAGCUAUGAAGGCAAAGUGUGACCUGCUUCUCACCAUGGAUGUAUAGGUGCUGUGUUUGGGUUCAGACUGCAGCAACAGGGGCUGUGUUCAGCUCAUCUCAAAUAAGAGUAUCCAGAUAAAAGACAUUAAUGGCAGUAUGAGAACACAUUUUUAACAUUUUUCCUUCAGUCUGUUUUUACCUACAGUGCAUUCAUCAUCAAUAUUCAGUAGGGCUUUAGUUUUGGUUUGCAUCACCUUCUGAGUCUUAUCAGCAGAGAAAACUCUCGGAGCCAGAUCUGAUGGGCUGCAGCAGUGCCUCAGGAUGUGCUUAAAAAACAUCCUGAAGUUUUUUGGGUUUUGAUUGUUUUAUUAAUUCAGCAACCCUGGUUUCCAGUUCACUGACUGCAGUUUUUUUUCCAACUAAUUUUUGGCUUCAUUGUUUUAGAAAGUCGUUGAGUCACGUUGUUUUAAAGCCAUCUUGCUGGUUCCACGCUCCACAUAGAAAUGACAGGGGGAGAUUCAUCUGUAAGUUCCAUAGGUCGUGUGCUGUGCUAAUGCUGUUUGAACAGAGAGGGCUUUCGAGUGUGUACAGCACAGCACCAGCAGUGAGCACUGAAUGCUUUCUGUCUUACGUCCCUGGGACGUUUGGGAACGUGGCAGCACAAGAGGGGAGGAGCCUGGAAGAGUGGCAGAAUGAACUGCGUGAGGAGGAGGUGAUGAAGGAUUACAGAUCUGUAAGCGCUUCGGGUGGAGGUUAUUUUUCCCUUUAUUUCUGAAGGCUGAGGGAUCUGUGCUGUUUCUAGCCUGCCUCAGGGCCUCCACUCACUCCUCAAACCCUUGGAUUUUGUUGUGGAUUAAUCUCAACUCUGAGUGUUUAUCAGAGGAGGUCUUUGCAGUCUGUAACACCUGAAGGACUCUCACUUUUAUAACACCUCCAUGUGUGCUGCCCGCCCCGCCCUCUGUUGGUGUGAGAUGCUCAACCCCUGCACUGCAUGGAUGGAGUAAGAGGGGCAGUGACAGUGCCUGCCCUGGCAGAGGACUGGGAGUGUCCAUUGGUGCCCCAGGUAAUACAUCUGCUGCCAGAUGAGGGGCAAAGGAGAAAAAGGUUUAAACUUUAAAGCAAGGAAAAGGUUUAAACACAGGAGCUAAGAAGCUGGGAUGACAGAUAGCUCUGUGAUUAACGAGUCAUAGUCAAGUUCUGUGUUCCUUCAUCAUCCCCAAAUCCCAUUGUGUAUUGUUUAUGUGAUUCACACAAGAGUACUGAGCUAUAUGUGGUGCAGGAUGGCUAAAUAACACGAGUAACACCCCAGGAAACGAAGAAAUCUCACUGGUUAGCAUGAAGUGCCUGAUGACAUUUGAAAGCAUUGCUUUCUAAAUCUGAAGGUGUGAACCCCUCUGCUUCCUCAGCUUUCAGAUGAUUCCUUGGAUUCACAGCAGAGCAGACCUGAUGGUAACUACAGGCUCGAGGUGCUCUGUCUGCAGACCUGAGGAGCCCCAGCAGCUGCUUACUCUGCUUUCUGCUUUGUGGCUCUUCUGUUCUGUUUGGGAGAUGCUGAUUUAGCCUAACCUCAUUCUGUUGCUAUUUCCAGGUUAGGUUUCUCAAAUUUGAAAAUCCCCAAAAUGAUGAGAUGAUGUAAUUCCACUUUUUUAUUCCUUACGUACCUUGUGGUUUCUGUACACAGCUGGAAUCUGCAGACAGCGACCUCUAUUUUUUGUACAACUCUGAUCAGCUAAAAGAAGAGUAUGUGCUGUGCCCUGCAGGAGAAGGAAUCAGCUGGGGAAAAGCAAGUGUGUGUCAGCAAGGCAGUGAGGAGCGACUGAUGGCACACUGUGCCAGACAGCUGAGGUGCACCUGUGUGGCUGCAUCAGUUCAAGACCUUCCACUGGUGAACACUUGAGCUUUUCAGUCUUCUAGUUAUGGAAUUAAAAAUGGGAAGACAAAUACUGUUCCUCCUGCUCUUAGCUCUCCCCUUAGGUGCCAGAGCAGCUGUGGCAGUCAUUUCCUCAUUGGAUCCAUGUGCAGAGGGAAAGGGAGAGGUGCAUUUAGACAGUGGGUUGCACAGGUAUUCAUGGGAAAACGGUGCCUCAAAGUGUUUGCUUACAGUCCUGGCACCCGGAGUGCUGUCCUUUGGGACAGAAAUAGACAGGUUCUAUUUUUCAUAGAACCAUGGAAUGGCCUGGGUUGCAAAGGCCCACAGUGCUCAUCCAGUUCCAACCCCCUGCUAUGUGCAGGGUCACCAACCAGCAGCCCAGGCUGCCCAGAGCCACAUCCAGCCUGGCCUUGAAUGCCUGCAGGGAUGGGGCAUCCACAGCCUCCUUGGGCAACCUGUUCAGUGCGUCACCACCCUCUGGGGGAAAAACUUCCUCCUCAUAUCCAGCCUAAACCUCCCCUGUCUCAGUUUAAAACCAUUUCCCCUUGUCCUAUCCUAUCCACCCUUGUAAAGGCAUCUAAAACAUGAGCAGAUUCACACCAAGAAGAAUCGUCAUACGUACGGACUGUGUUUGAAGCUUUGGUCACCACACAGCCCUGAUUGGACACCAGAGAACUCACAGAGGAGAGCAGCCCUAUAAGUGUACAGAAUGUGGAAAAGCCUUACAGAGAAACCCCAAAUGGCCAACCAGCUGUGAGCUCACACUGUGUGUGUGUGUGGCGGCAGUGCCCGAUGCCUCCCUGGGAAAGGUUUUGUGUUCUGUUACCAAAACGUCCUCCAGAGGUGAUGUGUUCUAUCAGCUGUAGGGGAAGCUCUCAAAUGAGGUUUCUGAGCUGAAUAAAACUCCGAAUGCCGUGGUCUGAUUUUUGGAGGGUCCUGUGGGCUGUUGGACUCCGCGGUCCUGAUGGAGCUCUUCUGAUAGGGGCUGUUCUGUGGGUCAGUGAGAGGCCCUGGAUGGUGUCGGCCAAAGGCUGGUGAUUAGGAGCUGGUGUUAAUUGGUGGCUGGAUGCUUCGUCUCUGGGAAGGGGACCCGAACAGAGCCGUGUUGGCUGUACCCAAAGCAUUCUUUAAGGAGCAUUCUGGUACUACAAGGAUGGGGAAGCGGCUUUGCUCUGGCUCAGACCCCUGGGAGCCCCCAGGCCACCCCCCCACUGCCCACUGCCUCAGUGCCGCAUCCCCGCGGCUCCUGAGCACCUCCGGGGUGGUGACACCUCCGUGGGCAGCUGUGCCAGCGCCCGGCGUCUCUUUGGAGAAGAAAUUGCUCCGAGUAUCCACCCGGAACCCUUCCUGACAGCCGACCCGACAUUUCCAGGCAGGUGAGGGACAUCGGCAGUCGGUGCGAAGAGGACGUCGUGCCCGCCCGACCCGGCGAGCUCCUGCGAUGCGACGGGCAGCGCGAUGGACGCGUGGGGAGCUGCGGGCAUUCCUGCUCCGCCCUACGGGCCGCGCUGCCGAUUCCUGGGCUGGACGGACCCCGGCCGUGGGGUGGGCACCCCGCCGUGUGCGGGGAGGGGCCGCAGGGACCCCGCGGUGCCCUCAUUUCGGGGCCGGCGUCGCCGCAGCUCUGGCAGCCGAGAGUCCCCUCCGCGAGCUCCGGGCCGCGCGGCAGCCGAAGCGGAGAGCCCGGAGCUGCGGGCACCGCCGUCCGCCCGUUCCCCUCCGUCCCCGCCGUCCCCGCGCGGGGCGCCCCGGGGCGGCGAUGCGCCGCGGUUGCCGCCUCCCCCCGGAGCCCCCCGCGCCGCGGUGCCGGUGCCGCCCGGUGUCGGUGCCGGGCCGGUAGGCGGCAGUGCUCCGCUCUCUCGCCGCUCCCCGCCCGCUCGGCCCCGGGAGCGGAUGCAGUUCCCCGGCUGCCCCCGGCUGCUCGGCGGGGCGGCGGGGCCCGGCCCGCAACGCGCUCCCCCCCGCGGCGCUCCCGGCGGCGCUCCCCGCAGCGGCACCGCUCCGUGCGCGGCGUUGGGCGGCCCCGCGGCCCCGCUCGGCAGCGCUCUCUCCCCGCCUCGGCCCGGUCCCGGCCUGCGGGGCCCGGCGCAGCUCCGCGGGGCCAUGGCCGAAUGGGCUCCCGCACAGGUGCAGGAGUGGAACGUGGAACCGCCCCACCUGAUGCCUCUGCAGCCGCCGCUGCUCCCGGAGCGGGCGCACGUGAGGGAGGCGCAGCUGCACUCCGCCGAGGCGUCGCUGUGGACGGUGGUGGCCACGGUGCAGGCGAUGGAGAGGAAGAUCGACCUGCUGGCCACCCGGCUGCUCAGCCUGGAGGGCCGCUCGGGGACGGCCGAGAAGAAACUCCUGGACUGUGAGAAAACCGCCAUGGAGUUCGGCAACCAGCUGGAGAGCAAAUGGGCCGUGCUGGGCACCCUCAUCCAGGAGUACGGGCUGCUGCAGCGGCGCCUGGAGCACGUGGAGAACCUGCUGAAGAACAGGAACUUCUGGGUGCUGCGGCUGCCCCCCGGCCCCCGCGGGGAGGUGCCCAAGGUGCCGGUGACGUUUGUCGACAUCGCCGUCUACUUCUCGGCGGAGGAGUGGAAGAAUUUGGAGGAGUGGCAGAAGGAGCUGUACAACAACCUGGUGAAAGAGAACUACGAGUCGCUCAUCUCCCUGGAUGCAGCACUGUCCAGGAGUGACGCGCAGCCCCGGCUGGAGCGCGGGGACGUGCCCUGCGGCCCCGACCAGCAGGACCUGGAGCAGCGCGAGAUGCCGCCCGAUGCCUGUGCGGAGCCGCUGAUCUCCACCUCCGACAUCCUGUCCCGGAUCAAGCAGGAGGUGGCAUUUGUUGGGGAGCAGCAGUUUGGGGAUGACCGGGGGAUGCCCACCGACCCCUGUGCAGGUGCAGACGCCCUGAUCACAGCUCACGACUUCUUGUCGUGGAUCAAGCAGGAGGAGGAGCCGUGCGUCAGGGAGCCCUGGGAGCUGCCAGAGAGGGAAAUCCUGCCCGGCCCUCUGCCUGGUCCUGGCCCCGGGACGCACUGGAGACCGCACCGUUGGCGUGGCCCCAUUCCCCACCGGCCGCUGACCAAAGCUUUCCCCCCCACAGCCGGCGAGGGGCUGCUGGUGAAGAUGGAGGAGCAGCGGUGUCCCCGCGCCGACCCCCCCGAGGAGGCGCUGCCGGGCGCCUCGGGCGAGCUGCUCUUCCCCGCCCCGAGCUUCGGGGGCCCGGACGGACAGGCGGUGCCGGCGGCGGCCGGGGGCAACGUGGCGGCGCAGCACAGACUGAGCAAAGCGCUGAGCGCCGAAGCGGGGCCGGCGGCCGAGCCGGGGGGGGUCCCGGGGCCGGCGGCGGAGGAGCGUCCGCACGGCUGCGCCGAGUGCGGGAAGAGCUUCAGCGGCAAGAAGAGCCUCCGCAUCCACCAGCGCAGCCACGCGGCGGAGCGGCCGUACCCGUGCGCGGAGUGCGGCAAAAGCUUCAACUGCCACUCGGGGCUGGUGCGGCACCAGAUGAUCCACCGCGGCGAGCGGCCCUACAAGUGCACCGAGUGCGGGAAGUGCUACAGCCGCAAGGAGCACCUGCAGAACCACCAGCGGCUGCACACCGGGGAGCGGCCCUUCGUCUGCGCCGCCUGCGGGAAGAGCUUCAUCCGCAAGCAGAACCUGCUCAAGCAUCAGCGCAUCCACACGGGGGAGCGGCCGUACCAAUGCCCGGCCUGCGGCCGCAGCUUCCGCUACAAGGAGUCCCUCAAGGACCACCAACGCGUGCACGGGGCCGAAGCCGGCCCCCCUCCGCCGCCGCAGCCCCCCGGGCUGCCCCCCGGAGAUUAGGGGAGGGCCGCCCCACGGCUGCGGACUGAGCCCCCCUCCCCCCCCCCGGCCGCGGGGGCACGCGUUGGCCACGGAGCUUUGUACCAAAUGCGGGCACCCGGCCCCGCCGAGGACGGCCGCUCGGCAGCCCCACGCUCGCCCCCCGCCCCCCACCCCCCCCGACAAUGCGGGGAACGACGGGCGGAGCCGCCACCGCCGGCCGUGUCCCCGUCCCCGCCUGCCGCUCUGCCCCCCCCGCUGCUUAUUUUUACUCCCCGUGCCGUCCCGCUCUGUACAGUGCUUGGGGUGUCGUUUUGUAUGGACAGUGCAACGCAGAAUAAAGUCGUGCUGGGCUGCUGCGCCUUCGCCCUGGCCCCGUGGGGUCCCCACUCAAAGCCACCCCAGGAGAGUGGCAGCUGUGUCCCGUCCCCCCCCCCCAGCCCCGAGCAGAGCAGUGGGCGCAGCAGAGCGGCCGUGCGGCGCUCAGUGCUGCCGGCGGUGUCCCGGAGGAGCGGCACAGCCCCAACCCGCAGAGACCCCCACCCCGCAGAGCCGCUCCUGGCACUUCUCGGCGCUCCGCAGCAUUUCUCAUUCUCCUUUUUCUCACUGAACUCUCAGCGCUGGGAAUGGCGCUGUGUGCAGAGCCCCCCCCCCCCCCCCCCCGCACUCCCCCCGGAUUCCCAAAGCGGCACCAGGAAUAAAACCCACCCGCUGCCCAUCUCCCUCCUCCGCCUGCUCGUUGUGUCCCCCCCUCCCCCUCAAUGUGCCCAUACAGCCCAGCGAGGACUGCACCUCCAUCACCCACACGCGGUGCUGCAGUCCCCCCGGCACGGCCCAUGCAUGGACGGGGGGGAUGGGGGUCACAUCCCAUGGGGGGGGCAGGCAGGGAGGCCACAGCUGCAGCCCCAGCAGUGAGCCGACAAAUGCAGUGCUGGCUUUUCUCUUCUUUUUUUUUUUGCCUUUUUUUUUUUUUUGCCUGUUUUUAGGGUUUUUUUUGUUUUGUUUUGUUUUUUUGAAACAGAAGUUUACGGUUAUAUGCAAAUUAGGUCAUUAAAUGAUUUGCAUAAAAUGUUCGCCCAC